GGGGGUCGUGUCAUCUUGGCUUGGCCUUGGGCCGUGUCGUCUUGGCUUGGCCCCAAACAACCGGCUAUCUCGGCAUUCUGCGUUCCGAGGGCUUGACAUCUCCGGUCCCGGGUCCCAACUUGCGUCUGAGCUUGGAGCUGUUUGUCUCGGCUCAGUCGUCCUGUGGACCGCGCGCUAACCCCGAGGCGUGGCGCUAUUUAACAGACUAGUGACAAUAUUGGGCCGCCGGCGUUAGGCUGCAUCAUCGUGAUAUGCUGGCACUAAUUGAUCAGCCCUCGAGCCGCCGAUGGACCUGACAAGCACCGUCUUUGUAGAUAUCUUGAGCCCCCUCGCCGCCUUCAGCGCCACACGGCCUCGGAAUCCCGAGUCGGAAGCGCCAGCCGAGCCACAUGGACAUGGCCCAGGCUGCCAGUCCCGUCAUGCUGGUGACCCUGGCCCCGGUCCUUCCUGGGCGACGUCAUUCGUCAACCCGCGGAACCGGAUCGACAGCUUGACGCAGCCCCUGAGCCGCCCCAAAUGGAGGCUCGACGGCGCCGACGUCGACGGCCGUCGCUUUUUUGCCGUACCCACGUUUGCCAUUGACGCCCCGCCGCUGCGCAUCGACGUCUACGUGCCCCCGUUCGAGGACUACCCGCCCGGGCUGCGCGAUAUAUUGAAGCCCGAGGCAGCAAUCUAUGCACGGCGCAAGAAUAAGCGGGAUGGGGUGAUGGGCCUGCCCAUCGCCCAGCACCUGCUCCGCGCGCUGGAGGCGUGGUCGUCGUCGACGCCCGCCGCCGCCGGAGACUUUGAGGCGCAGUACUGGAGCGCGCCGUUCGGGUCGCAGAUUGUUGUGGCGAGCAUGGCCGCGCAGCUGCGCGACGUCAACAUGCUCCUCUGCCCGGACUACGGCGUCGAGCAGGCCAUGCUCAGUGUCGACGCCCUGCAGGCCAUGUGGCAGCUGCCUUCCGGCGCGUGGCCGCCUGUCGUCGACUGGGCGCAGCUAAGGUUCCGCCGCCAGCUGCACGAGGCCAUCACGCUGGUCAGGGUCGCACAGCAGCCGUGGCGUCGCGAUGGCGCCGAUAGCGGCGAUUUUGAGCGGGACGAUGCGCCUGACAUGGUGUUCAAGUCGCUGACCCGCGACCAGCGCUACAUGUACAACGAGCUCAGGAUGCUGCUCACGCUGCGACCGCAUGCCCACGUAAUUCCACGCCCGGCCUACGUCGUCACCAAGAAGGGACGCUUUGGCGGCCGCCGCGGCGUCUGCGGCUUCGUCCUCCAGUACUACCCGCUCGCCUCGCUCAAGGAGCGCCUGCUCCGGCACGCCGACGAGGAGGAGCACCUCCCAGACGUCACUGCUGCAGCUGCGGCUGCAAGCGCAGGCGAGAAUGGGCGCAACAUGAUCCCCCUCGCGCAGCGCUUCCGCUGGGCGCGCCAAGUCGCCGAAGCGCUGGUCCACAUCAACGCACACUCGGCCGGUUUCUACCCGGACCUGAAGCCGGACAACGUGGUGCUAGUGCAGCCCUCCCAAAGCGGCGAGGAGCCGAUGACAACGAUGACGGACGCGGUGCUGCUGGACCUCGAGCAGCGCGGCGGGUGGUUCUCGUGGAGCCCGCCCGAGGUCGCCUACGUCGAGUACCUCGAGCUGCUUGCCGCAAUGCCCGAGGCUGCUGACGAAGCCGAGCUCGCAGACACCCUCACCACCCAGCUCGGCGAGUACAUGCCCGGCUGGGCGCCCGGCCGGCAGCACGACCGUUACCGCAAUACCGCCGGUGGCUUCAGCGCACCGUGGCUGGCACUGCUGCGCGACAGUAGCACUGACAACACCAACAAAAGCAGUAGCAGCAUGCUGGCCAAGGCGCAGGUGUUCAUGCUCGGCAAGCUGCUGUGGUGCAUCUUCGAAGUCCGCCCACGCGUGCGCUGCGGCAUUGACCACGAGCUGCUGCAGGACAACGAUCCCCCCCCACUGGAAUCAGGAGCGGCGUUCCCUGCUUUCACUCGCGCCACGCCCGUUGAUAUCCGGGCGCUCAUCCACGCCUGCACGCUGGGGGCACCCGAGUGGGAGCCCGGCGCGGCAGCGAGGCGGCUGGCUGGUGUUGUUUUGCGCGGCGGGAGAUUGGUUCCCGCUGCUGCUGCUCAUCGUUCCCUACGUGAUGUUACGGACGGGGAUACCCGGUUGGCGGUGGCCACGUGGUGGGCCGCUGAGGUUCGCCGCGCCAGGGAGUUCAUGGCUGAGCUGCUCGCUGCUCGGCGGGCGCAUGGAAAGGGGCAGCGGCAAGACGACGAGAGCGGGCUGCUGGCGUUGGUGCGCCGGCGGCCGGCGCUCGAGGACGUGCUGGCUGAGCUGGAGCGGGUUGAGAGGGAGCUGACUUGAUCCACGUUGCUAGAUCAAGAGUAAGCCUGGGCGAUGGGAAUAAGAAGGUUUUCGGUCGUUGAUUUGGUUGGUAGGCCCCUAACUUCUAAGCAACCCAGUUCAGGCACGAAUAUAGGCAGACGCUUACUUUGCCUGGCUUUGCUGUGCCGCCUUAAUCCCU